UUAUGUACCUAUAGAUUGAUCAGAUGAGUAAGAUUGUUGAGGUCCUUGGUAUUCCUCCUCCUCACGUACUGGAGCGCUCAGCGAGACGAGACAGGUUCUUUGAACGAGAGUCUGGAGGUACCUGGGUACUGAAGAGACAGAGGGACGGCCGAAAAGAUCACCACAGGCGUCCCGGCAGUCGUUCCCUAUACGAAGUACUGGGAGGGGACAAGGGAGGACCAGGGGGACUGAGGAAAGGAGACUCUGGCCACACCCCCAAUGACUAUUAUAAGUUUCGUGAUUUGGUCCUCCAAAUGUUGGACUACGACCCUGAGACUCGGAUAAAACCUCUCGCUGCUCUUAAGCACCCGUUCUUCCGUAAAGAAGCUCGUUUAUCGCAGUCUUCUGAAAAUGGCAGUCAAUAUUCAUCGACCACACCCACCCAGACCAUUGGACUGACCUCCUCAUCCUCCCAACCAAUAGACUCCUUCGUCAUAUCACAGGAGAUAGUUGCCAUGGAAACAAAUCACACCCAUCCUCCCCCGGGGCUAGGAGAGCUGAUACCAGGCCGACACAUUCACCUUCAAAACCUCUCACCUCCAGAGACUCACGACGCUUCCUUAUAUGGAGGUAAUAACGGCAGAGGUGUCGUUGGGUCUAGCGGUACGCUGGGCAGUGGUACUUUUAGUAACAGUGGGUCAUUUGGGUCAGCUAUGGACAUUGGUCAGCCACAGCAACCGGUAGCCAUGACAAUGGAGGCUAGUUCAUCUCUUCAUCAGGUAACGGGUAGCCAUAGACCUCACUCGGGGAGGAAGGGGGAAGGAGGAGAGAGAAAGGGAGGGCCCUCUCCUAAUGCAUCACUCCAUAAUGGAGGAGGAGUUCAAGUGUUUUAUGGAACUAACUCUCUCUUCCCUCAGUCCUCUGAUAGUAACUUCUCCUUUCAAAUGAGCCCCUCCUCCUCUUCUAAAGGGAGAGGGGCUCAUGUUCCUCAUCAUGUGACCGAGAGGGAGGGUGUUCGUACUAGGAGUGGAGCUGGGCCUAAUAGCAGGAACCAAAAGUCUUAUAGACACCAUCAUCAUCAUCAUCGGAGGACACACCCCUCAGAGGGAGGGGCUAGUGGUAGUCAUGACGACCAGGGGGGAUCUAUGGUUGGUGUGACAGUACAUCAGUGAUUAAUUUAGCUAUUAUUAUAAUUAUAUUUAUUUUCUUACAA